AUGUGGGAUCCUGACGAGAUAGCAGAAGUAGCAGCAGCAGCGGCGACGCAGCAGCCGGUUGAAGCAGCAGCAAAAACAACAGCAGCAGCAACAGCAGCAACAACAGCAGCAGCAACAGCAGCAGCAGAAGGAGAUAACUCCAAUGAGGAGGAUGGAAAGAGCUCAUCACCAAGCAGCUGUCCUGCAGCAGCAGCAGCAGCAGCAGCACCAGCAGCAGCAGCAGCAGCAGCAGCCGACAUAUUUCGAGAGUCUGAAUGCCCUGAAGCAGCAGCAUUAUCACGACCACGACCAUUAGCAGCAGCAGGAGCAGCAGGAGCAGCAGGAGCAGCAGGAGGAGUUCGCCGUAUCCGUUUGCUGCCUGAGGAAGUUGUUCGUCGUAUAGCAGCAGGAGAAGUAGUUAGUCGUCCUGCUGCAGCACUAAAGGAAUUAAUAGAGAAUAGUUUAGAUGCUGCUGCUCUUCGGGUGUCUGUACACUGCGUAGGGGGGGGACUCAAGCUGCUGCAGGUAGCAGAUGAUGGUAGCGGUAUAGCAGCAGCAGAUCUGCCGCUGCUGUGUGCUCGUCAUUGUACAAGUAAGCUGCAGCAGCUGCAGCAGCUGCAGCAGCUGCAGUCCUUUGGAUUUAGAGGGGAGGCACUAGCAGCACUCUCGGGUGUAUCCCGAGUUCGGGUGUACACGAAGCAACGAUACACCCCACACGGCCUGCAGUGUACGUACACCUCAGGAGUACUAGAGGAGACACCUAAGCCUUAUCCAAUGACAGCAGGGACAACAAUAAAAGCAACAGAUUUAUUUUUUAAUUUAUCUGCAAGAAGGAAUGUAUUCUUUUCUUCUUCUGCUGCUGCUGCUGCUAAAGGUACAGCAGCAGCAACAGCAGCAGCAGCAGGUGCAGCAGCUACACCAUCUGCAGCAGCAGCAGCAGAUGAGUAUCUUAGAUGUCUACAAGUUGUAUCUAGAUAUGCUAUUAAUAAUCCUCAUGUUGCAUUCAGGAUGAGGAGGCAGCAGCAGCAGCAGCAGCAGCAGCAGCAGCUACCUGAUCUAACUACCCAAGUCUUUGGAUUAGCGGAGGCGAAGCAGCUGCUGCAGCAGCUCAAGAGACAGCGUAGCCAGCAGCAACCAGACUACAGCAGCAGCAACAACAACAGCAGCAACAGCAACACCAACAGCAACAGCAACAGCAGCAUGAGCUGCAGCUGCUGCAACACAGAUGAAGAAGAACGGCUACCUACAGCAGCAGAGCUGCGGCUGCUGCGGGGUGUCGCGCUGCUGCAGGGGGGAGCACUAAGGGUAAUAGAGAAGACGAAUGGUGCAGCAACAGCAGCAAGCUUGCUGCCUAUACACAUGAAGUCUACAUUGCCUGCUGCUGCUAUUAGCUUCCUUCGUACACAGCAGCAGCAACUGCAAAAACUGCAGCAACAGCAGCGGGAAACGGAGGAGAGCAGCCAAGGCGAUAAUCCUGCAGACAGCAGCAGCAGCAGCAGCAACAGCAGCAGCAGCAGCAGCAACAGUGAUGAGAGUGUUUGCCCGCUGUUGCAGGAGUUGCUGAUGCCCCGAGGGCAGCGCCCUUUUGUUUAUUUAUCCUUAGAUUUACCUGCUGCUGCUGUAGAUGUGAAUGUACACCCCAAUAAAACACAAAUAAGAUUUCUUUAUGAAGAUCUUGUUGCUGAACAAAUAGGACACACACUCAUGGAAAUCCUCAGCGGCCAGACGUCGUCAAAGGCCCUGGUGCUGCAUGAGCCAGCUCCUGUAGAGCCCCAGCUGAAGCAGCAGCAGCUCGUGCUGGUGACUCAGGGUGACUCAGCGCAGGAGCAGGAGAAGGGGGACACUGGGAGCCAACUCAGCAGCAGCAGCUACAGCAAUAGCAGCAGCAGCAACAGCAGCAGCAACAGCAGCAGCAACAGCAGCAAGCCGGCAUUGAAGCCCACAAGAACCAGAACCGAUGCGCGGCAGCUGCCCCUCAGUGCCUUUUGGGAGCACAAUCUUUGUUCGCAGCAGCAGCAGCAGCAGCAGCAGCAGCAGAUGGUAUGUACCAGCAGCAGCAACACCUCCACACAAGAAGGAUCACAGGAUAGUUGUCACGAGUUGCAGCUGCUUCCUGAUUCGCAGCAGCAGCUCCAACAGCAGCAGCAGCAGCAGCAGCAGCAACAGGGAACACAAGAUGAUCAGUGUGUGGAGAUUGUGCCUGCCCCAAAGGAAUUAGCACUGCAGCACGAGCAACAGCAGCAGGAGCAGGACAAUGCAGCAGCAGGAGCAGCAGUAUCAUGCAGCACCCAGCAACAGCCCGUGCUGCGUCUAUUUGAUGAAAGGGCGCAGGGAGGACAUAUCCUAGAAAGAGUUGCUCCAGGCAGCAGCAGCAGCAGCAGCAGCAGCGGUGGCAGGCGGACGGAUGCAGGCAGACUUCGAAGUGUGCGGCAGCUGCUGCAGCGCUGCGCAGAAGCUGCAGCAGAUGAGCCAGCACACAUCAGCAGCAGCAACAGCAGAGACAGCACAACAGCCCUGCAGGGCUGCUCGUAUGUUGGGGCGGUUAACAGCAGGAUGGCGCUGCUGCAGAGAGGAGACAGUCUCCUCCUAGUUGAUCUCCCUGCUAUAGCAAGAGAGUGCGUGUAUCAGUCAAUCCUACAUCGACUAGGGCGGCUACCAGUGGUCCGUCUGCAGGUGCCUGUGUAUAUAAGGGCAGCAUUAUGUGCUGCACUGCAGCAGCAGCAACAGCAGCAGCAACAGCAGCAGCAACAGCAGCAGGAAGCGCAUGCGCUGUGCAUGAAGCUUUUUCAGCGUCGUGCCUUGUUAGCUGAUUACUUCGGCAUAGUUAUUAAGGGAGACACUUCCUUAGAAGGAGACAGUUGUCUCCUUGGGCUUCCUCUUUGCUGCGGCCGUCACCUCCCCUCUCCUGCUCGCCUACGGCAGUUGUUCCUGCAGCUGGCUACCGAGGUAAACUGGAGUGAGGAGUCUGCAUGUCUUCAAGGGAUCGCUCUCUUGCUAGCGGAUGCGUACACCGCAGUCGAGGAUCAGACUGAAGCAGCAGCUGCUGCUGCUGCUCCCGCUGUCUCUGUGGCAGAGGAUGGGGCGCAGCAGCAGCAGACGCAGCAAGAGAGCAGCAGCAGCAGCAAUUCUAUUCUGGUGCAGCAGAAGACACUCCUUCGCGAGACAGCGGCAUAUCAAAAGAGCUGCGGUGAUCUAGAGCAGCAAAUGGCUGCCGGGGCGGAAACCCGCCGCAUGUUUAGCAGCGUUCUUAUGCCGGCUCUGCGCUUCUACUGGAAAGCGCGCCUACCCAAACGCUUUUUCACUGACGGGACAGUUAAAGAACUCACAAACCUGAAGGCGCUCUACAGGGUCUUCGAGCGCUGUUAA